AGCGCGCUACAUUCAUUAGACAAGAUCUCCGCAAACAUGCCGCCUACAAAGUCGCUCCCCAACCUGAACCACUUCAUGGAGAAGCGGGUGAUUGUGAAGAUCCAGGGUGGUCGCUCGAUUUCUGGCGUGCUGCGCGGGGUGGAUGAGCACAUGAGUAUUGUGCUGCACGACGCGAUGGACGAUACGCGCACCGGUGCGGAGAACAGCGAGGAGGAACGGACCAUGCUUGGCACCACGGUGAUCCGGGGAAGCGCCAUCGUCGAGAUCGUUGGCGCGGACGUUUAA